AUGUUUCAUCUCAAAAAUAUUUUUAAUCAAUAAAAAAAAGUAAAUCUUAUGACAGGUCUCUUGGUUAAAGCAUGUAGCAUGAAUUUAGUAACAAAACAAAAAAUUUAAAACAAAAAAAAAAUAAAUUAAAAACAGUAUAAAAUACUAUAUUAUCAUUAAAAUUUAAACCUUUUUUUUUCACUUGAAUAAUAAAUUAAGAGUCUUAUGUAAAUUUUUAAUACAAUGGAUGAGAAAAUCAAUAGAAUUAUUUCAGAAAAAUACAACGACGAGACCGACAAGUUUAAAGCUCCUCGAGAAACUCCAAAACUAUUGCUUUUAACAAGUAAUAAUAAUAUUGGUGAAAAAAAAAUUUUACUAAUUGCUGAACAAGAAAGUAGAGAAUCCCAAAAUGAUAGAGAUAUAAAAUCAAAUGAAUUAUAUUAUAAAAUACAAUUAUUUUUUUUGGCAAUAUCAAUUUUAUGUUUAAGCUGUCAUGGUAUAUAUAACGGUGCAAUGGAAUACAGUAUUUUAGAAAAUGGAAAAAAAGUUAAUGGUAAAUUACCAUUGAGAAAAAGUGUGAUAACUUUAAGCCUUGGUUAUUCAAUUUGGUAUUCAAUUGUAUCAUCAUUAUCAUCUUGUAUGCUACUAUUUUCCCUGAUACCAACAAAACGAUACUGGAGUAUUCCUGCAAUUUUUCUAUGCAUUGCUGAAUUGAUCCAGGAAAUUGGAGAUGCGCUAAUUUCGAUAUUUUUAUUAUUCACAAGACUUCCAUUUUUUACAGCGUUAUUAUACAAUGCUGGAACUGCAUUUGUCAUAAUGGGAAAAUUUUGGUGCUGGCUUGGAGCUGUUCGUCUGUAUGAGUAUCAAUAAUAUUUUAUUUAAAUAACAAAAAAUUUAACACUGGACUUGGCAUUAUCCUCGGGGAAUACUGAGGGACAUGAAACUGUGCUUGUGAUACUCGUUGAUUUAUUGCUCAUAAUUUUAACCCCGAAGCAUUUAUCUUGACUGAAAUAUACAACGAAAAUUAGUUGAAUAAAUUUUAAAAAUUAUAUUUAUUAACUCACCCAGGACAAUAUGAUUUGUUGAUGUCUUUGAUAAAAUCUUUACUCAUAUAUUUUGAUGAUAUUUUUUUUAAUAAAUAUUCAUAAAAUGCGUGACAUGAUACAGUUGAAGACAGAAUAGAUCCAUCAAUACUUAACGUUGCAAUUUUAUUUUUACUACAUAAUUUUUCAAGUCUAUAUAAACAAAAAAUAAUUAUUAAUUUUUUUAAAAUAAUAAAUCAUAAAUAUAUUU